AUGAUACGAAGUGGUGGUCUCUUGCGCCGAGUGGCUCGUCGAUCCGCCUAUGGGUUGGCAGGAAGUGCCGCGAUAGGUGGAACUGGAGUUGCCGUCUACACGCAAACCGAAUCGGGUCAGGGAUUCAAACGACAAAUGGACUUUUGGACGAGCUUGGGACCCAUCGUCUUUGAUUACUGGUGGAAUCUAGCAGCAUCAAGUCCCAAAGUGAAACUAUUUACCCCAGAGCUGCUUGAGGAAGAGAAUAAAGCCAAAAAGAAAGAAAUUCAACAGGGCAUCCAUCAACGGAAUGCACCUAAAAUUUUCCAAGUCAUGUUGGAUUUGGGUGGUUUGUACAUCAAGCUGGGUCAAGUCUUGUCGGUUACAGCCUUGCCCAUUCCAGACCAAUACAGAGAAUACUUUAGAACUUUACAAAGCAAUGUCCCAGGACACGAGGAUUUUGAGAAGAUUGUCAAGCCUACCUUGGAAAAAGAAUUGGGAAAAGCACUGGACGAAAUCUUUGACUCUGUCGAAGAGAUUCCUUGCGGCGCGGCUUCGAUUGGACAGGCUCACAAGGCUAUUUUGAAAGAGACAGGAGAACGAGUCAUCAUCAAGGUACAAUAUCCCGAUGCCAAGUGGCAAGUUCCGGCGGACAUUGUUUGUGUCGGCGACUUUUUGCAUGUUUGUGUCUGGUUUGGCUUGGUCGACGAAGAUUCCUCUCGACUCUCCUACGAUGAGUUUUCCCGACAAUUCUUGGCGGAACUAGACUAUGGAAUGGAAAAGGAUAAUCUGCAAAAGGUGUAUGAAAGUACCCUGGAUCCAUCGUCACCCUACCAAGCAAAGGGAGUCGUCCUGCCCCGAGUGUAUGACGAUUUGUGCACCAAACAAGUUAUUACCAUGACCUAUCUGCCAGGUCCCAAGUUUGAAGAAGAAGCCAAGAAGCAACUUGCAUUCCUCGGUAUUGAUACGAAAAAGGGAAUACGGUCCAUUGUUAAGGAUGCUCACAAAGAGACGACGGGUGUUGUUGAUGCUGAAACAGCAGUCGACAUGAUGCCAGAUGUCGAAGAAAUGACCAACACUAGCGACCAAGCAGAGAAUGCUACAGUUACAGAUGGAAAAGAUCGGGUACAAAAGAGAGAAUCUCGAAUGACGCAGUCGCCCCCUGUUUGGAGAACGGCCCUUACCAAGGUAGUGAGCAAUCUAGUGACUGUGGAUUCCAUCUUUUCAAUGUUGCGCAUGGUCCGAAAGGUCGUCCUGUGGUCCAAGAUAAUGGCGGUCAAGAGCAUUCAACUCGCAUCUCCAGUCAUGUCCAAAGAUUGGAAGGAAUGGGCUGCUUCGCAAGAGACUCUACUCUUGCAAGCAGAACAAAUGGACUGGACCCAAAAGGCAGUAUAUGCUUUGUUGGAUGUUCAUGGAUAUCAGAUUUUGAAUCAAGGACUCUUCAAUGCCGACCCACACCCUGGUAAUAUAAUACUGAUGAAUACAGAGGAAAAUAUCCACGACCCCAAGAUUGGUUUGAUUGACUAUGGCCAAUGCAAACGGCUAACUCAAGAAGAACGGGUCAAGGUGGCCCGACUUUUGUUAAGCAUUGCCAACCAAGAAUCCGACCAGUCCAUUGCCGACCACUUUCGGAACCUAGGAAUUCAAACUCUAAACGACAACACGGCGUUCUUGGCAGAAUUCGGACGUCUCAUGUUUGGUUCCUUCCAACCUAAGCAUUUGGAUCAUUCUUGGCACAGAAAUUUCCACAAGCAAGAUCGAGUGAAAUAUUUUCCCAAAGAAUUGAGCAUGGUGUACCGAACUUGCCUAUUACUGCGAGGUUUGGCCAUGUCCUUGCAAUUCAAUCCUAGUGUCGGGGCCGAAUGGAAACACUACGCCCAAGCUGCAGUGGAUGAAUACGAAGCACAGCAGCUGCAAAUACAAACACAGGGUUAA